AUGGUCGGUAGGGGAAACCAUUUUAAUCCUUCUUCAGGUGUGGAUGAGUGGCAGAUUGCUCAAGCUAUGGAGUUAAUUGCUGCUGCUAUUGGACAACAAAAUACUUUGUUAGCUCAGAUGGAGACCAAUCGGGCUGCAGCUGAAGCAGCUAGGUCUGAGGUACCUGAUGAGUAUAGGGGCUUGUCAGAGUUCAGAAAAGGGAAUCCUCCCCAAUUCACAGGUGUUGAUGGACUUGAAGUUGCUGAUCAAUGGAUUGAGGAGAUGGAGAAAAUCUUCAUGGUGAUGCAUUGUCCUGAGGAGAGGAAGCUAGUUUAUGUUGUUUAUAUGUUGGUGGGUGAGGCUAGUUUCUGGUGGAAAGAUAGUGCCAGAUAUGCUAAGGAAGCUGAGUUUUUGAGACUACAGCAAGGAAAUAUGUCAGUACAAGAGUAUGUGGUCAAGUUUGAACGUUUGGCUAGAUACUAUUCUCAAGCUAUCUCUGAAGCAUGGAGAUGUAGGAAGUUCAGUGAGGGUUUAAGGUACGAGUUGAAGAAAACUAUUGUUCCUAUGGGGAUUGUGGAGUUCCCAGUUCUAGUUGAAAAGGAAAAAAUAGUUGAGAGAUUUGAAGGAGGAAAUAGAGUGGCAAAGGGUACAGAGGGAUCAUCUGGAUUUGGGAGGGGGAAACAUCCUCAAAAGAGACCAUCUCAGUUUCAAAUUGGAAAUGCUAAUAAGAAACCAAUGGGGACUACUACCACAAGAGCUGUUCAGAGUAUUAGAUGUUACAUCUGUGGAGGCCCACAUAUGAUGAAGGACUGUCCUACAAAGAACUAUACGUGUUUUAAAUGUGGCAAGGUGGGUCACAUGGCCAAAGAUUGCAAUGUCAGAAAUACUCCAGCUAGAGAGAACCAGAAAGUGGAUCGACCUACUGCAGCAGGUCGUGUUUUUGCUUUGAUAGGUACUGAAGCUAAAACGUCAUCUGAGCUGGUAAAGGGAAAGGGAAAAGCUGAUGGUAAUGAUAUUUCUAUUCUAUUUGAUUCUGGUGCAUCACAUUCUUUUAUUUCUUAUGAAUGUGUGGCAAGGUUAAAUUUGGUUGUGAGUUCCUUGUGUGUGGAUCUAGUUGUUUCUACUUCAGCUUCAGGGAUGGAUUGGCUUUCUGCCAACAGGAUUUUGAUAGAUUGUUCAGAAAAGAGAUUAAUCUUUCCUACUGUUGAACAGGAGAGAUUUAUUUCUAGUGGACAGGUGGAUGGGUUGUUGAAGGGUGGAGCUCUUGGGUUUAUGAUCCUAUCUUUUAUCAGUGUAGAGAAUGAAAUGUUGUUAAAUAGUAUCGAUGUUGUCAGAGAUUUCCCAGAUGUUUUUCCGGAUGAUGUUCUGGGGUUACCACCAAAGCGAGAGUUAGAGUUUAGUAUUGAUCUUAUACCAGGGGCGGGAUCAAUGUCUAUUUCUCCUUAUAGAAUGGCACCAGCGGAGUUAUCUGAAUUGAAGAAGCAGGUUGAAGAACUUUUGGAGAAGCAGAUGAUCAGACCUAGUGUAUCUCUAUGGGGAGCACUCGUGUUAUUGGUAAAGAAGAAAGAUGGUGGUGUGAGGUUAUGUGUGGAUUAUAGGCAGUUAAAUAAAUUAACAAUCAAUAAUAAGUAUCCAUUGCCAAUAAUAGAUGAUUUGAUGGAUCAGUUGAGGGGAGCUUCUGUUUUCUCCAAGAUUGAUUUGAGGUCUGGGUAUAACCAGAUUCGGGUAAAGGAGGAGGACAUACCAAAAACUGCUUUUAGGACUCGGUGUUGGAGGAACACAAAGAUAUCUGGUGGUGUACUUGGUGGAGCCAUUGCUGGAUGA